GCGAGACGAGCGCGACUUCCUGGUCUUUACCCUCCUCACUAGUCUGCGCCCCUGCGCGCGUCGCCACUAUAAAAGCAGCCGAACACCCGGCACUCCCCCCACCCUCGCUCGCGUCGUCACAAGUUAUCUCCCCCCUCUCGGAUGCUCGCGCUCCACGCGCAGCAGCAGCCGGCUCCAACUCCGCCGCCGCCGCCGCUCCCCGCCCGCCAUGGAAAAGUAAGUCGCGCUUUCCUGGGUGAAUUUUUUUUGUUCUGUUCUGUUUAGUCUUUCUUAUUACUACUACCAUCGGUUCCGUCUCUGCGUGUCGAUGAGCAACGAGCCUGUUCCCCCCCUUGCUCGGCCGCUCAGCGGGUUCGGGGUCUUGCGGCGGAUUCGGAGGGGGCAUCUUGGUUCCUCGGGCCGAUCGAUUCGACGAGGUGGCGAUUUCGGUGCGGUGCGCGGCCCUGGUUCUGGAUGGGACCGAUCUGGUGCUCUUGAGCUUGCGGGCGGCGGGAUGGUCUCCGACGGCGGAAUGUGCGCGAGAUCGGCCGGCGGCGGGCCGGUUGGGACGCCGCGCGGCCGCUCCCCCGUGCGAUUUCCCGGCGUUUCUCGCCGCGGGAAGGCUGGGUUUUGGCGGUCCGUCGAGGUGCAGGAGGAAGCUUCCGCUGGAAGGAAGCAGAGAGAGGGCUCCGUUUGCUGCAAGCUGGGGUACGGAGACUGAUCCUGUGCAGGCUGGUGGUCGAUCGCGGCUGACCCCUAUUGAUUUUGACACCGGCCGAGCUCCAUUGAUCUGUGAUGGACUGAUGGUUGCGAGCCAGAGAAGGGAUCCGGCAGCUGUUUGUUCUAGUAGGAGGAAUUCUGGAACUGCAGGGCGGAGUUCAGACUACCGAAUCUUCAGAAACUUCGUCGAAUCUUCACUUCGUACACCCAUCUCGGGUGCAGUGGUUUUGCAGUCUGUUGAGGUGCAAGUGCAAGCUUCCACUGGAAGGAAGCCAAGGAGGGGUUUUGGAGCCUGUUGAGGUGCCAGAGGGCUGGAAGAAAAGCAGAGGAAUGUUUUAGUUCGGUGGAGACUGAUCCAUCCUGCGGUGUUGCCCGAUCGCAGCUGAAAGUGCUGAUCUGAUACUGGGUUUCGUUGAUUCUGAUGUGGCUGCAAAGCAGGAAAUUUGAGGUCUAUGUGUGUGGAUGGCCCAUCGCUGCAGGUACUGGGUGAAUGGGUGAUGCGAAAAUGACAGUCACUGGGGGAUGAACACAGAGUACUAGUGCUUCGUAUAUGCCAUCCCAAUGUGACCACGAUUGCCAGUUUGUGACUGCUAGUUGAAGGACCGAGUAAGGUAAGAGUUGAACUUUCUUGGUACUUCUCUUUGCAAUGAGAAUGGGUCUCUCAAACUCUAAAAGAGAAAGGUCAAGAGUGUCAGAGUGCUCUGUUUAGCCUCGUGGUGUUUCUUUUUUGUGGAGGAAUGAGCACUGUGCUGUGAUAGAUGGCAAGGUUUGUUUCUCACAUUUUGAUGCCCACUAUCAAUGACAUUGGCCUUUGAUUUCUGGAUCAAAAUGGGGGCAGAAUGUGGAUUAGUAAGGUCAGUUCGUGGAUUAUGACUGGGGUGGGACUCGUUAAAAGAAUAAGAAACGCCACUCAGUUGAUCAGUCUUCGACUUGGUGAAUUGGUUGCAGAACCAUAUAUCAAGUGCCCCAACUGCGAAUGUGGCAUUGACACUAGUAAUGUUUCUUUAGUGUGGCCUGAACUUCCUGCUGGUGUCAAAUUUGAUCCGUCAGAUUUAGAACUCCUUCAGCAUUUACAAGGAAAAUCCAGCCUGCAGAAUUCGAAUUCCCGUGCACUUAUUGAUGAAUUUAUACCUACUAUAGCAGAGAUGGAGGGAAUUUGCUAUACACAUCCCAAAAAUCUCCCAGGUAUAAAGAUGGAUGGUAGCAGCCUCCAUUUCUUCCAUAAAGUAUCAAACGCAUAUGGCUGUGGUCAUCGCAAGCGUCGCAAGAUUACUGGCAAUAAUGACAGUGUUUGUGAUGAGCACAUUAGGUGGCAUAAGACUGGAGCAUCCAAACCCAUAUAUGACGAGAAUGGUUUCAAGAUAGGCUGGAAGAAGAUCUUAGUUCUUUACAGAGGUUCUAAGAGAGGUGGCAGCAAGAUAGAUAGAGACAACUGGGUGAUGCAUCAGUAUCAUCUUGGUGCAGAUGAAGAUGAAGCGAAUGGUGAAUUGGUCGUCUCCAAAGUAUUCUACCAAUUGCUGUCAAAGAAAAAUGACAAGUCUGAAAUGGAUGAUGUUGAACUAGAAUCUGAGCCAUCUGCUGCAAAAAUCGAUCCUAGAACCCCAAAUUCGGAGCCAUCUGCUGCAAAAAUCGAUCCUAGAACCCCCAAAACCGAUCCUCCCCAGCCCUGUCUCCCGAGCAACAGCCCAUGCGACACCGAGCAGUAUACCCCCAUUCAGGUGGAUCAGGAGGAAGAAGAAUGUGGCACAUCCAUUCGCCGGGUGAAGGUUGAAGCAGCCGAAUGCUCCGCAUGGUUUGCUGAAUUACCACCAGCUGUUGUGGUUGCGGACCUUCCUGCCUCGGAUGAACCGAGGCAGCUCAUGGAUGCCCCUCGUGUAGGCCCUGAACCUGAAGCACCGAUACCCGUCGAUGGUUCUAACACGGACCUGUUUAAUGGGUUACCUGAUCUGGAUACUACUUUUCAAUGCCUUGGAACACCUUCAGAUAGUAUCAGUUUAACUGACAUACAUUUCGGCUCACAGGAUAGCUUCGGGGGCUGGCCGGACAGCUUCAAGUUCUACUGACGCCAAGACUUGGAGCUGGAAACAGAGGCACUGCUGAAAAGUGCCAAUUUUGUUUUAUGACUUUGCAGCGUCUGAAUCCUCCGCUCAUGAGAUGCUUCUUCGUUUCGUUGGGCAAUUUUGCAGCGUGCAAGCCUGCAAAUUCAGCAUCUCGUGGGAAAUUUUGUACAGUAGUAGUGGUAGAACCGAGAGAGGUUCCCAGACAAACAUCCCGUCUAAGCAACUGUAUGCCAUAGCCAUGUUGUUGUUGUGUGAUGCGUAGUACAUCUUAUAAGUGUAGUGUUGAUGAUGUUUAGUCCACCUCAAAAGAUGAAAAAAAGAUGUUGUGUAG